AUGGAGUUCUCGGCCGAUCGCAGCUGCAUCAUUGAUCUGGCUUUUGUUGCAAAGCAACCAACUAAUCUGCUGGUCAUAUCGGGGCACGCCAAAGUGGCAUCAUGGGAUUUCGAGCGCAAGGCAGUUUUGCAGGAUUUUGUUGGCCAUGAUGGCUCUGUUCGCACUCUUUCUGUGUAUGAUGACACACCCAAUCUUUUUGCGACGGGUGAUCGCGACGGGACCAUUUGCAUCUGGGACCGACGACUGCAAUGUAAGCGAUCGGCUGGCGGCGUAGCACCCCUCUUCGUUAUGAAAAUGACCCAUCCAUUGCCAGCGGAACAGGACUACUACACUGCGAUGAAAGGAAAAACUCGCCCUUCGCAAAUUUUACGGUCAAAAGGCAUCACUACCCUAUUACAACUGGACGAGAAUGUUAUCAUCUCUUCAUCGUGCUCUUGUGAAACAGGCAUUCGCUUUUGGGAUCUUCGUUGUCGCGGCAAGGGUGGUCCGUUUCGAAUCCUGGAAGACCCGAAUCCAAAUGCUCCUCGUGAAUACGGUAACAACUCUCUCAGUGCUCUUUGCAUCUGCUGUAUAUUGCCUAUUGGUUAUGUGUAUUCGUUGCAACAGCUCACAAAGGAGUUUGUCGACGGCCAGUUUCUGGAAUUGUUCCUGAAUGCCUUCUGUGGGCAUCCAAAAUUAAUCCUUAUUGGCUGUUGCUGUGGAUUUUAA